UAAAACACAUUCAGUUUUCUUUCAAAACUUUGAUAUCAUUGUAACCAAACAUCCAAUUUUUUAUUCAAACCCGUGACCAAACAGAAACCUUCUUCCUCCACCUCCCUCUGAAUCCGUGCGAACAAGAACACCUUAGCUCCCUCCAUCUCCCAUGCUAUCUAGAUUGGCUUCUUCUACAAGCUUCCCUUCGUUGAUAUCAGUUUUUGUCCCUCCUCCAAGCGUCGACUCCACAUCGCAUUGAGAUCUCAGUGAGAUUGCAGCGAGAUUACAGCGAUGAAAUCUACGGCGACGACUUUAAACACGAACCCAUAUACCCGAAUUUUGCAGCGGCGUGGUGGUAAAGCGGUUUUGGCAAGUGAGGUCGCGCUCGACCUGAGUACGGAGGACGAGUUUUGUGCAGCCUUGGGCUUCGAGCUCGCGGACGAUGGGUGAUCCGACGAGGCCAAGGUGGUCGGUUGACACUUAUGGAUGGGGUGUCUGCUUGUCUUCUUGUUAAGCGAGAAGCUGAGUGCUUGGAGUGUUUGGUUAGGGAAAUAGCGGGUGUUUGGUUAAUAAUCAAAAAUUGCUUAAAGUGCCAGCUGUUUCAAUAUUAUUGGUCCACCUCAAAAAUUCAGUAUGCUGCGUCCUGACCGGUCAGGAGCCAAGUAUUAUCCCCAUCUGUCUGUGUUUCUUCUUGUUGGCUAUUUCGAACCACUCAUACAGACCUGACUCAACUCAACAACCAUACAAUAGAAAAGAUAAUAAACAAGGAUCUGGAGUCUACAAUUUGCUCUAAAGUGCGGAUAACAAAUUAAAGGGUGUCCACUCAAAUCUCUUUGUAACUUUUGCCUUUUGAAACUCCUUCCCUUCCGAGUUCUUGCUGCGGGCUUGUGUUAUUACUCAUGCUGAGAGUUUCAUUUUUUCUGUGUUUUCUUCUCAUAAAGCUUUCUUUAUGCGCUGAUAAAUAUAGCAGAGAUGACUUCCCUCCAGGCUACGUGUUUGGUGCUUCCUCCUCUGCUUAUCAGGUGGAAGGUGCUGCAGACCAAGACGGAAGGACCGCAAGCAUCUUGGACACAUAUACUCAUGCUGGUAAAUAUGAUGGAGCUACUGGAGAUGUAGCGUGUGAUCAGUAUCACAAAUACAAGGAAGAUGUCCAACUAAUGGUGGAUAUUGGUUUGGAGGCAUAUAGAUUUUCCAUCUCAUGGUCCAGACUUAUCCCAAAUGGGAGAGGACCUGUCAAUCCAAAGGGUGUACAAUAUUACAACAAUCUUAUUAAUGAAUUGAUCAGCCAUGGAAUCGAACCACAUGUUACUUUACACCACAGUGAUCUCUCGCAGGCACUUGAUGAUGAGUAUGGAGGAUGGGUAAGUCGAAAAAUUGUAAAAGACUUCACUGGAUAUGCAGAUGCGUGCUUCAAAAAUUUUAGGGAUAGAGUUUUGCAUUGGACUACUAUGAAUGAGCCUAAUGUUUUUAUACUUGGGGGUUACGAUGUUGGAUUUUUUCCACCACAGCGAUGUUCAGCUCCAUUUGGUGUCAAUUGUUCUAGGGGUAAUUCCUCAACAGAGCCAUACAUGGCAGCUCAUUAUACCUUGUUAGCUCAUGCAUCAGCUGCUAGAUUGUACAAGAAAAUGUACCAGGACAAGCAGCAUGGAUAUAUAGGAAUCAAUGUUUGUUCCUAUUGGUUUGUUCCUCUAACAAAAACUAUUGAAGAUGAACUUGCUACCCAAAGAGCCAUGGACUUCUAUUUUGGUUGGGUUUUGAAUCCCUUGGUGUUUGGAGAUUACCCUGAUGUAAUGAAAAAGAUAGUAGGCUCUAGAAUUCCUGUUUUUACUAGUCUUGAGUCCCGAAGUGUCAGGGGUUCAUUUGACUUCAUUGGAUUGAAUUAUUAUCUCACAUUAAACAUCAAGGACUGCUCCAGCACUCUAAAGAUGGAAACCAGAGACUUUAUGGCAGACUCAGCAACAAAGAUAUCCCAUGCUUAGCUGCAAUCCUUUGAGCUUACAAAAGUUUGUUUGAUUGCAUUUGCAGCACUGGAAAAUGGUACAACAACAUUUGAGUUUCCAAUAACUCCCUGGGGCCUGUAAGAACUGUUAGAAUAUAUCAAGGAAAACUAUGGCAAUCCUCCUAUAUAUAUCCAGGAAAAUGGUCAACGGACUCGACGCAAUUCAUCUUUGGAGGACUGGGGGCGGGUGAAAUAUUUGCAAGGGCACAUCCAAUCUUUGCUUGAAGCUAUAAGGAAUGGAUCAAACUCAAGAGGUUAUUUCACAUGGUCCUUCUUGGAUUCUCU